AUGCAGCCGAUGAGUGAGGAGACGGAUCUCGGCGCGGCCAUGCGCUGCGUCGUCUUUGCCGGGGGCAUUAUCAUUUCUCUGGGUGCCUACGGCGUGCUGCAGGAGCGCAUCAUGUCGGAGCCUUACGGAGAUGAGUAUUUCAAAGUCUCCGUCUUCCUGGUGCUUUGCAACCGACUGGCGGCUAUACUGUUCGCCGCCGUCAUGGUGGCGGUAAAGCAGGAAAGCUACCUCGCCACAGUGCCACUCUGGAAGUACCUGGCCGUGUCCUUGUCCAACGUGUCCGCGACCUGGUGCCAGUACGAGGCUCUGAAGUACGUCUCCUUUCCAGUGCAGAUGCUGGGCAAAAGCUUCAAGAUGAUGCCCGUUAUGCUCUGGGGUAUCGCCAUUUCCGGACAGAAGUACAAGCUUGCUGAUUGGCUGAUCGCUGCAGGUGUGACCGGCGGAGUGACCGCCUUCCUGCUCACAGGCGAUAUCAAGUCUAAGCAUGCGAACCAGGGCAGCAGUGUCUAUGGUUUGCUUCUCCUGAUGGGCUUCUUGGCCUGUGAUGGCUUUACGUCCACCUUCCAGGAGAAGCUCUUCAAGGAGCACAAGACCUCCAAGUACAAUCAAAUGCUCUAUGUUAACGGAAGCUCCUCCAUCGUGUCCGGUGCCACGUUACUGGCCACUGGCGGAGCAAGCAAGGCCAUGGGCUUCGUGAGCAGGCAUCCAUCCAUUGUCUUCGACGCCUCAUUUCUGUCAGCCUCUGCAGUAACUGGACAGUUUUUCAUCUACUCGCUGGUGAAGGAAUUUGGAGCCUUGGUCCUGGCUGCGACCAUGAACAUGCGACAAGUUCUCUCCAUCCUGGCAUCGUACAUAUUGUACGUGCAUCCCAUCAGCAUCGCGCAGAUCCUCGCCCUCAUCGUGGUCUUUGCAUCCCUGUUCUACAAGAGUUACAUGGGCUACGCAAAGAAGAAGGCGAAAGAUGCUGCAGGCGGCAUUCCGCAGGCAGUGGGCAAGUCAGCAGCUGCAGAGGAGUUGGAGGAGCUGAAGACCAACGAGGAGCAGAAGGCGGUGCUUGCAGAGGACACGGAAGAAGGCCAGAUUCAACAGAACGACAAGAAAUAG